UGUCUGCUGAAUGACAGACUCUGACCAGCUUGUGAAAACAGAAGGAAAAGCAUGGAGUUGUUGGUCAGAGACACAGACUUAACCAGCAUUAACAUGUCCAUGAACCUUGAGCCCAUGAUGGAGGAAAAACUAAGAGAGGACCUAAAAUACUACUUCAUGAGUCCCUGUGAGAAAUACAGAGUGCGACGGCAGCUACCAUGGAAGCUGACUGUGCAGAUUUUAAAAAUUGUCAUGAUUACAGCUCAGCUUGUUCUCUUUGGCCUUAGCAAUCAGCUGGUGGUGGCCUACAAGGAAGAGAACUUGAUGGCUUUUAAGAAUUUGUUCUUGAAGAGCUACAGUGGUGUCGAUGAAGAUGACUACAGUGUGGCUGUCUACACCAAACAGAGUGUUUAUGAUAAUAUAUAUUAUUUCUUUGAUCAGUAUUCUCAGUUAGAUCAGCUGUCUGUGGGUGCUGUUAGCUACGCUGAGGAGGAUGGAAAGUUACAGCCAUUAGUCAUCUGUAAAGAGUACUACAGUCGAGGCAGAGUGGAGUCAUCAGACAAGUCCUACGAUAUAGAUGCCCAAACUGAAACAGUGUGCUUGACAUUGGAUCCCAAGUCUGCUGCAACAUGGAGAACAGUCAAUUCCUCUUUUUUUGAGCUGGACUUUCACAGGCUGGUUAAUAUUGAGAUCACUUUCAAACUUAAAGGAAUCAACCUACAAACUGUGCUCUCCCAUCAGCUUCCUGACUGCUACACUUUUGCUGUGACUAUUUUGUUUGACAAUCAGUGCCAUAGUGGGAAAGUGAAAAUUACCCUCGAUAUUGAUGCUGUCAGUACUGCAUGCAAGAAGUGGAAGAUUUCAGGAACCGCUCAGAAGAAUACUCACUACCUCCUUGUCUUUGAUGGCUUGGUUAUUGUAGUGUGUCUCACCUCUGCUGUGCUGUGCAUUCGUUCCAUUGUUCUGGCAAUUCGACUGCUUCAGAGAUUUUCCAUGUUUUGUGUAAAAAAAUACAACCGUAAGAUAUGCGAGGAUGACCAAAGAGAAUUCCUAAAUGGCUGGUACAUCUUGGUAAUUAUCAGUGAUAUCCUGGCAAUUGUAGGAUCAAUACUGAAGAUAGAAAUACAGGCAAAGAGCAUGACCAGCUAUGAUGUGUGUAGCAUCUUUCUGGGAACAUCCACACUGAUGGUAUGGGUUGGUGUCAUCAGAUAUUUGGGAUAUUUUCAGAAGUACAAUGUUCUUAUUCUCACUAUGCAUGCAGCCCUGCCUAAAGUGCUGCGUUUCUGCUGCUGUGCAGGAAUGAUCUACUUGGGCUACACUUUCUGUGGAUGGGUUGUUUUGGGGCCCUACAAUGAUAAGUUUGAGGGUCUUAGCCGUGUAGCUGAGUGCCUUUUCUCUCUCGUAAAUGGAGACGACAUGUUCACUACAUUUGCUGAGUUCCAGCAGAAGAAUACGCUGGUGUGGUUAUUCAGCAGAGUCUACCUCUACUCCUUUAUCUCUCUCUUCAUCUACAUGGUGCUCAGCCUCUUCAUAGCCCUCAUCACGGACGCUUACGAGACCAUCAAGCGCUAUCAGAAGACUGGCUUCCCCAUGACUGAUCUGCAGCUGUUCCUGAGGGCAGGGAAGGAUUUCCCCCCACAGGAGGGGGAGGAGGACGGUGGGAGCAGAGAGAACGGACCCUCGGUCACGCUGUGUUGCUGCAGAAAGUACACAAACUCAAGCAUCAGCCAGCAGGCUCCAGACUUCUCCCAAGCUCUGAGAGUUCCUGUAGAAGACACCGUUACACUCAUCAGCUAACAGCUUCUAUAGGGACCACCUCAGUAUGGAGUAAUUAACCACGGAGAAGUAAGAGCUGCAAAUGUGUUCUUGCAUUACACUGUGUACAGCAUCUGUGUAUUACACUGGAGGAAAGGAAUAUCGCCUAAUUCACUUCUACACAAGUGACGGGAAACUGACUCCCCUCAUUUGCCAGCCAAGACAAGACGACUAAACAUUAAUGACAUCCGCUAAAGAGGACUACAAUAUAAUUAAGACUCAGGAGAAAAAAAUAAAGUUUUCCAUGUCAGACGGCACGCCAAAGAAAUAUCUAAUGCAUCUUAAUAUGAAGUGCAACAUGAUCCCUCUCACGUAGAUAAUGGAUAUUGUUGCAUAAUUGGGGAAAGCAGCCAAUGUAAUUAUUUAUUUAUGCAGGUUAUCGUCCUGCCUCUGGAAAUGCAUUAGGGCUGUAAUGCAUGUAUAAUGAUGGUGUAUAGUGUGGUGGUCUUUUGUUCUGUUUGUCUUCCGUUGUAAGCAUUUGUUGUACAACAGGUGACACAUAGUUAUCUCUCAGCAUAUAUACCCUAUCAUAUUCAAUAUUCAGGCUGAUAAGAGUAUGUUUUUUCCCUCCUUUGAACUCAUGUGGGUUUACAUGUGGGUGAGAGAUCUUGCAAGAAAUGCAGUGACUGGAAAGUGACUGAAAGAUCGUAUUACAAAUGAACUGUUACAGCGUAUUUAAACUUGAAUAGUAGAAGGAGUUAAAAGUAGUGAAGGAGUGAAAGUAUACUGAGACUGUGAAAGUAUGUUGAAACUGUGACGGAUACCUUUAAUGUUUGAGAAACCUUUAAUGUUUCCUGGAGAUUCCUAAAAAGCCCUUGUGGUUCUACCAGUUGUUAUUUUUAUUUUUUAUUAAGAAAACGGAUACAUACAUAAUCACGUUUUCAAGAUAUUUUUGCUUACAUAAAUUUUUAUACUUGCAGUUUCUAUUAAAUAUAGAGGUUGUUGAAACAACUGCUUUGUUAAGAAACCCAUAGCAAAUGUAAAAUUUGUAUUCCAUCUAUCCAUUGUCUUAUCCACUUCUUUGUGCUCAGGGUCACAGUGGGUCCAGAUUCUACCAAAAUUCACUGGGUAUAUAGCAGGAAUACCUGUUUUGCAGGGUUCCAGUCCAUUGCAGAGUAUAACACACCCAUCACACACACACACACACACACACACACACACACACUAUGGACAAGCUGGCAGAGCCAGUUUACCCACUGUGCAUGUUUUUUGGAGGAGAAAGAAAAUCAGAAAACCUGAAUAAACACCCAAACCUAGGCCACUGGGGCACCACCAUGCUGCCUAUGUUACUUUGUAUAGUAAAAAAAAAAAAGGUAAAUAAAUUAAACUAUUUUAAAAUCAGUUGCUUCGUCUCUUCCAAUUGGUCUGUUGCAACCAAUUAAGCUGCUGUUACUGGCAAUGAGCAAAAGGGUCAGGACAAAUGUAUUGGUUCUAAAAAUAAAAUAAAAUAAAGAAACA